AUGGACGCCAAGAUCUGUCCGGAUAUUUCACCGGAAGAGAUGGACAUGCUCCGUGAGAUAUAUAUUGCUUCUCAGCACAACCCGGAAAAGCUUGAUGAGUACCGGCGGGAAUACUUGGCUUAUCAGCAACGACUACAAGCACAAAAGGGCUUGAGCGGAGGGAAACAACCAACGAGACCACAAUCCGCCAGCCCGCCGAUUGACCCUCGUUCAGAAUUUAACAAACCCGAAAUUCAUCCAUCUCAGCAUGCGCUUGAACAGGCGCAUUUCAAACCUACUUACUCCCCUCGGCACGGCUCUAAUACGAUUUUCCGCGGCGGUACUACUUCACCCUCAAAUACCCCGGCAGCCGCUCGUCAACGACCAGCAGCAUCAUCACCGGUAUACAGAACUCAGCAAUUUUUACCAGAAACUCCACAGACGGGCGGGAACCAUCGGCGAAACCGGUCUGGGCCUAUACCACGGAUUAUACUCAAGGUCCCGAAGCGUACUCAACAAGCGAACGAGGGCAUUUCACCAGUGAAAAGGGGUUUCCAAGGAGAUUUGAUCAGCUCACCGAGGAAGGUUUACGGGCCAAUGGGAGGGAAGAGCCUCAAAGGUCCUCCCGUUGAGGAGGACAGUCUGGUUGAUAUUGACGACUAG